CAGAGACAGACAGACAUGCCAAUUCGCGGGAUCCAGACUCCUUUUCUUAACCAUAUUUUAUAAAACCAUCUGAAAUCCGCCCUCUCUCUCUCUCUCUCUCUCUCUCUCUGUGUGUGCCACCGCACGGCCUUUACGUACACUCUUCAAGUGCUCUCUUCCUCCAUCUCUCGAGCUCCGAUAGAGAGAGACUUUUCCUUUUCUCUUUUGCGGACAACGAGAGACAGAGAGAGACGUUGUUUUCUACAAGAAAGUGACGUUGCAGUCUCGCAGUUCAAUAAGAGGACGAAGAGUAAAGUGAGAGAAGCAGCAUUACAAGUUCUACACUGAGCAGCAAUGGGGAGGACUAGAUUCAACCUUCUCUUUGCGAUUUCACUGCUGCUUGUGCUUUUUGAUUGUUGUUCUGGAAGCAAGAUUGGAAUUUGCUAUGGAAGAAAUGCUGAUGACAUCCCUACACCUGAUAAGGUUGUCCAGUUGAUUCGACAGCAUAAUAUUAAAUAUGUGAGGAUCUAUGAUUCUAAUAUCCAGGUUCUCAAGGCAUUUGCAAAUACUGGGGUGGAACUAAUGGUUGGGGUUUCAAAUUCAGAUUUGUUGCCCUUCUCUCAGUUCCAAUCUAAUGCAGACACUUGGCUACGGAAUAGCAUUCUUCCUUACUACCCAGCAACAAAAAUCACAUACAUAACAGUUGGUGCUGAAGUCACAGAAGCCCCAAACAAUGCCUCUGCACUGGUUGUACCUGCCAUGCAAAAUGUUCUUACAGCUUUGAAAAAAGCUGGUUUGCAUAAAAGGAUUAAAGUUUCAAGCACUCAUUCCCUUGGUGUUCUAUCUCGAUCGUUCCCUCCCUCUGCAGGGGCUUUCAAUAGCAGUCAUGCGUUUUUCCUGAAACCUAUGUUGGAAUUCCUUGCUGAAAACCAGUCACCAUUUAUGAUCGAUAUAUAUCCUUACUAUGCUUACAGAGAUUCUCCAAGUAAUGUGUCUCUGGACUACGCACUUUUUGAGUCAUCUUCAGAAGUCAUAGAUCCAAACACUGGAUUAAUUUACACCAACAUGUUUGAUGCCCAGAUUGAUGCCCUUUAUUUUGCCCUGAUGGCACUGAAUUUCAGAACAAUAAAGAUCAUGGUUACAGAGACAGGUUGGCCAUCCAAAGGUUCUCGCAAGGAGACUGCUGCUACCCCUGAUAAUGCCCAGACAUAUAACACAAAUCUAAUUCGUCAUGUCAUUGAUGAUUCUGGGACUCCUGGAAAGCCUGGCGAGGAGCUAGAUGUGUAUAUUUUCUCAUUAUUUAAUGAGAACAGGAAGCCGGGAUUAGAAUCUGAAAGGAACUGGGGCUUAUUUUAUCCAGACCAGACUAGUGUCUAUAACUUAGAUUUCACCGGAAAAGGCACUGCUUUCUUGACACCAAACUCAAGUAUUACAAAUUCAAGUGGAACAACAUGGUGCAUUGCUUCUUCCAAGGCUUCUGAAAUGGAUUUGCAGAGUGCUUUAGAUUGGGCUUGCAGUUCUGGCAAUGUGGACUGUUCUGCUAUUCAACCUAGCCAGCCUUGUUUUCAGCCAGAUAAUCUGGCUUCACAUGCAUCAUAUGCAUUCAAUAGUUACUACCAACAAAAUGGGGCUACUGAUGUUGCCUGCAGCUUUGGUGGGGCUGGGGUAAAAGUUGACAAGGAUCCUAGUUAUGAUAAUUGCCUGUAUAUGACUGCCGGCAGCACGAACAAGACGGCAGCGAGUAAUACUAAUUCAACAGCACUUGCUUCAUCGACCUCUUUGUCCACGCAGAAUCAAUCAUUUACUUGGAUCUAUAGCUUCUUUCUUAUCAUCUCGCUCUCCUUUUUGAAUGUUUGCACAAUGUUUGGAGAUGCUUGAUCUCGAGGGAACAUUUUAAGGACAGCAUAAGAUGAUUAUCGAACAGACAACAGAGCGGGAUUGUGAUGUAUUUGAUUGGAUAAGUUGGUGGUGAACUGAAAUGGGGGUAAGUGGGUGUGGAGCAGCAUGGGGUUGUGCUUUGUUUGUAUGAUUAUGAUAUUAUUUAAAAAGAUGGGUAGGAAGAAUAGUUGGUCUGCAGGAUGUUUUUUGCACAUAAUGGAAGUGUAGGAUAUGACAAUUUGUGCUGUGAGUUUGCAGCUUCUGUUUGUUGAAUGUACCAUGCGGUGUCUGAAAGCAAAUGAAGUCAGUUUAAGAUAAAAACUACGUGAGAUUUUUAAGUGCAAGCAUAUAGUUUUAUGUUGGAGCGGAAUGAUCCUGAUGGUAUCAGCUUUUUGUCAAGCAUUUUUAGUACAUGAAUUUUGGCGACACGGCCGGGA